CCCUCGCCCCGCCGAUCAUAUGUUCGCGCGCCGGCCGCCGCCCGCUCGCCUCACUGCGACUCGGGCACUCGCCGGCGUCGCAACUCCCGCUCGCCGCUUCGCGCACGAUCAGCUGUCCGCAACAACAGUCCGCGAGCCGCGAGCGCCGACACAAGCCGCAGUGCGGUGUGCCAUGGAACUGCUGUGCGCGGAACGAGUGAGCCCCGGGAGCUCGGAGCGCGGCGCGGCGCCGGCGCCGCAGGCCGCGCAGCCCGACCCCGUGCUGCUGCGGCGCCGCGUGCUCGACAACCUGCUGCGCACGGAGGAGCGCUACGCCGUCACCGCCAACUACUUCGGCACCGUGCAGACGGAGAUCACGCCGCACAUCCGCCGCCAGGUCGCCGAGUGGAUGCUAGAGGUAUGUGAGGACCAGAACUGCCAAGAGGAGGUGUUCCCGCUGGCGAUAUCGUACCUGGACCGGUUCCUGAGUACGUGCACGGUUGGCAAGAGCCAGGUGCAGCUGUUGGGCACGGCCUGCUUGCUGCUGGCCUCCAAGCUGCGCGAACCCAGCAACCGCGGCCUGCCCGCCGACCUGCUCGUGUUCUACACCGCCAACAGCAUCACGCUCUCUGACCUCUGCAGCUGGGAGUUGCUGGUGCUGUCCAAGUUGAAGUGGGACGUGGCGGGGGUGACGGCGCACGACUUCCUGCCGCUGCUGCUGUCGCGGCUGCCCCUGCGCGGCCUCGUCGACACCGACAUGGUGCAGAGGCACGCGCAGACCUUCAUCGCCCUGGCAGCCAGAGAUUACGAGUUCACGUUGCACUCGGCGAGCACCCUGGCGGCUUGCAGCAUCGCCGCGGCGUUGCGAGGACUUGGCCUCGAUGGUCACCUGCAACGGCUGCAGGAGCUCACUGGCAUUGACUUGGACUGCCUCCAGACGUGCCUCGAGCAGAUCGAGGACAUGGUGAACAACAUGAUCGAGGAGCGAGGCGCGGCCCCAAACGGGCAGCCGCGGGAGGCGACGCCGACGCAGGACAAGGCGCACAGUAACGCUGCCACGCCCACUGACGUCCGCGACGUGCACUUCUGAGCGCCUCCACGCCGAUGUGCGUUCGCCGCUCGCGACCCGCAAGGAACAUUGCUUUAACUACGGUGCAUUCAGUACGAAAAUACUUUAAACUAUAAACUACAUUAGUUGAAACGUGCAACCGUGAUCUAGGACUGAUACAAAGACUGAACGCGAGUUAAGCGCAGGUGAUUCACUCUGCGUAUAGUGUUAGCCCAAAAUAUGGAUAGUUUAAAUAGGUUAAGCCCUAUGUGCUACUGCAACAAGCCUCUAGUCUACGUCCGCGAAUCGACGAGGCGAUGCACUGAACUUUACAUUUUCCAGUACUAGUUAUGUGGUUCUUGAAAUUACAAUCUACCUCUUUAAAUAUAAGACAAGUUUCAGUUUCUUCUGGCAAAUAUCCGUUGAAUUUAUUACCUUUUGCCAAUAGCUGUUACUUUAGUCAUUACCUCCACAUAAAUGUUCGCAUGGGACCAAAGUUAGCACUUCACACUCUCUUCAUAUGAACAAUGAACUGAUUAUUACCUACUACAGAUAUUUGUCACUAUUUAUACCUAGUUUUAAUAAUAAAUGUAAAGUAUAUAUGUUAAGGGAUGUAUCGAUAAAUACGAUUGAAUUCCUAAUUAUAAAGUUAGUGUUACGCAAUGUCAACAUGACAUAAUGUCUAAGUUAUUUCCGAUUGGGCAAACAUUCAUGAUUCAUCUUAUCAGAGAAGUCGAAAUUUCAGUAGGCGGUGCCGAAAUUAUUUAUACAUUAUUUUCAAAUUCAACGUAUUUCGGGGGAAGGCAAUAAAUUACGCUUCUAUUAUGUAAAAACUAAUAUUACGUUGAUUUAUUUUAUAUUUAUAUACAGAGUCGAGUAUAAAUAAAAUGGCAUUACCCGCACUAUUCUCCCGACUUGUAACACUACAUGAUUAGAUGAUAACGAUAAAGUAGAAGGGCUGUAAAUUUUGAAUGUUUACUUUUAUUUGUAGAAGAACUAAGUUUUUGUUCCUUUUCAUUGAAAUAUAAACCAUCGUGUUAGUUUGUAAAGUAACAUUUAAUGUGAUAAGUGUUAAAGUGGAACGUCAUAUCAUAGUCACUUCCAGUCAUAAUAUGUUAACUUAGGAGUACUAUGUUAGGUUUCGUUGGAUAGGAAAAAAAGGAAAAAAAAUGUGAUUUUCAUGUAAUUGAUAAGAUGUUUAGGAUAGCACUUAGUCAUAUAAUUCACAUGUAUCGUUCCUAUACUUGCAACCAUUGGAAAUAUAAACGCAAUAGUCAAGUUACAAUUCUCUGUACUUAAUGUCUACAGUGUUGGGCGUUCAUUACUAUAAAUUGUGAUAUAGUUUCUCCAUAUUAAGUAAUGCUUUGUAUUUUAAGUACGGGUGGUGCAGAAGACAACGUGUUUAGUUAAAACUGUUUAAUUUAGUUAGUUGUAUGUGAUCUGGGGGUUAAAAGACCACACUGAAACAGCUCAUCUGGAAAAGCGAUUUGACAUUGCGCACUUACUUUUAUAUGCGCAAAUAUCAAAUUCCAAUAUUGCUUUUUAGAUGAAUUGCUUCAAUAUUGUCUUUUUAGAGCCUCGUAUGUUGAAGUAGAGCUGAGUGUAAGGGUAUGAGUUUUUGAACGUUUUUUCACCUAAUAUCGGUGGUUCUUUUUUAACUAAAUCGACAGUGCCUAAUUGCGCAUUAGGAUUAUUUGGUCGAUCGAAUGGAGUGGUCCACGAGGCCCUUUGGCCCAAAAGCAAAACAGUAAGGCACAGUUUAAAAAUAACAAUAUUUUUUUAAUGUUCUGAUUGAGCUACUAUAUACGUCUAUGAUCUACGCUACGUACGAUACAACCUAAAAUAUUUUAAAAAGUAAGACCUAGUAAGAGUUACUGCAAGAAGUUAAACUAGUAAGAGCACAGUAUCGACAUUGGUUUUAAUUUUGUUUCUGUGACAUAAUAAUUUUGCUUAAAACUGAGCAAAAAAAACACAUUUCUGCUUGCACUGUAAAAUUUUUCAAAGUGGCUUACUGUGUUUUGCUUUUGAGCAGCCGCCUUUUCAUAACCAACACAUCCUACCUCCUACCGAUUUUAUGUAAAAAAAACUCAAAAAUCCACCCAACUGUGGUACAGUAAACAUGAGUCCAAUGUCUUCCAUUGUGUAAGGUAAUCAGGUGACUAUUGAGGCGUGGAGUGUGGUCAGGGUCACACACGCGAAAGUUAUUGUCAUUUUUUACCUCAACUAAUAUCCUUACAGUUUGCCUAAUUAUUCUUACAUUUAGCUUACACUUAAUAUUAAUUAUAUAGUGAUCUGCUAUGUAGAUAUUCUAGAAGUAAAUGUAUAUAUAACCUAUAAAUAUGCUGUAAGCAUGUGGUGCCAUAAGUAACACUACUUUAAAGUAUUUUGUAAAUUAAUAGCAAUAUAUUAUUGUAAUACUAAGAAAGUGACAUCAUUUUUAUAAAGGAGUAAUUGAAAUUGCUUUGAUAUUAUAUCAAAACAGAUUAUAUUUAAGCUGCACACAUAUUUUGGUUGUGGAUUGCAUGCAUAUUAAACUGACAAAGUAAAGAACAUUUCUUAUAACUUAGUUUGUAUGUAAAAUUUUGUGGGAAAAUAAUACGCAUUACAAAGUUAGUCUUUAUUUAAUGCUUAUUUUGGCUUUUUGACUGGCUUUUCGAAUAGUGUAAGAAAUUAGAACGAUACUUUUGUUAUGAAGUAGAUUUUUAAAAGAUAUAGGGAGAAUGUUAUUUUUCCAGUGAUUUAUAAUAAGAUGUAAGAGCAAUUAGGCUCAGGUGAUCUUAAUUAGUAUCUUCGCUUAAACGAUGAUUGAAAGAAAUUCUAAAGAUAUUUGUGUGACACAUAAAAGUGCCUAAGUUUGAUUUUUAUAUGUGAUUAUUAAAAUUAAGUUUCUAUUUGAAUUGUAAGAUGUUUGCGACGUUGAGAUGUAAAUAUCUAAAAAAAUAAAAAAUUCCAAAAUUAAAA